CAACCAAUGGUGGGGCCAGUUGAUGACUGUACCUGCAGCGUACAGUGGGCAGGGCAGUUUUAACGUAACCUAAGAAUCUCAAAAUUCGUGCAACCGUCAAAACAAAGCAUUCCUAACCCCCAUUCCAACCACCCUCAUCAUUCCUUAGCUCAUUAGUAAGAUGACGUGUUAGCCUGCAAGUGUUUCCUUUAAAAAUGUGGCGUUUGUGUGCUUUAAGUGUUUGUUUACUAGCUCUGGGUGUGAUCGCCCAGAAUGAAUGGCAAGCAAGGGAUGCUUUCGACGAAGUGCGUCGUGCCAUGGACAGAGUCAACAAGUAUAACUGCGAAAUUCAACACGUAGGAGACUUAUAUUUACCAGAAAACUCUGUCUCUCACAUCCCAGAUAUCAAAGAUGUGAACAUCAACCCUGUAUUCCCCAAUAGAACGCAACUUUUGCAUAUUCAUAAUAUAGCUCUGAGCAGAGCAUUCUUCUGGAGUUACAUUCUUCAGAGCCGUUUCAUUCGGCCAGCUAUAAAUGAUACAUAUGACCCAGGAAUGAUGUACUAUUUUCUUUCGACUGUAGCUGACGUCUCCACCAACAAACACGUCAACGCUAGUGCUGUCUACUUUUCGCCUAAUAUGUCUUAUUCCUCUUCAUAUAGAGGGUUCUUCAAUAAGACAUUUCCAAGAUUUGCCCCUAGGACAUUCAGAGCUGAUGAUUUUAAUGACCCUAUACAUUUGGAACGCAUUUCGACGUUAAAUACAUUUACUGUGAGGGAUUUAGGGGCUGUGCCUAUUGAUACCAGUGAGGAUUAUACGUCGGAUUUUUAUAGAAUAAAUGAGUGGUAUAAGAGGUGGUUGCCAGAUAAAGUAUUUGAGAGGCAUGAUAUCAAAACUACAUAUCAGAUUUUCAUUAGAUAUGCUAAUAAUACGAAUGAGACGUUCACGUUUCAUGGGCCCCCAGGAGCGGAUGAAAAUCCGGGGCCUGUGAAUUGGACUAGACCAUACUUUGAUUGUGGAAGAUCUAAUAGAUGGCUAGUGGCAGCUGUAGUACCCAUUGCUGAUAUUUAUCCAAGACACACGGGAUAUAGGCAUAUUGAAUAUCCAACUUACACGGCAGUAUCAGUGGUGGAGAUGGAUUAUGACCGUAUAGACAUUAACCAAUGCCCUUAUGGUUUGGGCAACAAAGAGGGGGGAAAUAUUUUCGCGGACACAGCUCGAUGUAAAAAAGAAACGACAGAAUGUGAACCACUCCACGGUUGGGGUUUUCGCCGUGGUGGUUACCAAUGCCGAUGUAGACCUGGUUACCGCCUUCCGAUGCAAAUGCGUAGACCGUAUUUAGGCGAAAUAGUAGAACGAGCAACAUCUGAACAAUAUUACAAUGGUUUCAAUUGCCUUAAAAUAGGAUGGGUACAAAAAAUGCCCGUCCAGUGGGAAAAAGCGACAUCUCCAGUUCGAAAUUACUACUUGGACCGUUAUCCGGAAUAUCGUCAUGCUGUUUCUGGUCCUGCAGCCUUAGGCCAGUCCAAAAUUAAUGUACACAGAACUUUAGAUUUCAUUUUGGGAAUGAAUAAAAACAACUGCCGUGAAUAUAAACAUGAGCAGUUGAUUCUAAAUGGUGGUGUUGAGUAUGGUGCUUAUGAGUUUUUCCAAAACGAAGCAAAGAUGGCGCUGAGGUUGGCUAACUUUAUUAGUGCGUUUUUGCAAGUGUCGGAUCCGAAUGAAGUUUAUUCGGGGAAAAGAGUUGCGGAUAGACCACUAACCGAGGAUCAAAUGAUUGGAGAAACUUUGGCUAUUGUUAUGGGUGAUAGUCGAAUUUGGUCGGCAGGAACAUACUGGGAGAGGAAUAAAUUUACUAAUCGAACACUGUUUGCACCGUAUGCGUAUAAAACACAGCUUAAUACUAGGAAAUUCAGUGUUGAAGAUCUUGCCCGGCUCAACAAGUCAGAUGAAGUAUAUUUGAAUAAGCCGUGGUUUUUAACCCUGAAGCAAAGGUGGUUAACGAACUUCGACAGUUUAGAGAAAUUUUACAUGAAGAUCAAAAUUCGUUUCAACGAAGCGGGUGAAACAACAAUGAAAUACGAACGAUACCCCAAUUACUACAGAGGAGCACAAUUACAACACGGACUGUGGACGGCCCCUUACUAUGACUGUUACGGAAAAAUGCCCAUGUGGAAAAUAAAAUGCCCGGCGCCUCCACCAUAUGUCACGACUGAGGUGUUCUAA